AUGCAACCAGACACGUGCUUGGAUGACAUCAAGUUGAAAUCUACUGACUUCCUGAAUGCUGUGCAUUUAGACAGUGGAGGCUUUGGAAAAGUGUGCCUGUGUAAACACAUUAUUCUUGGAUAUGUGAUACUGAAGAAAGUAUACACAGGACCCAACCGCGCUGAAUACAAUGAGGCCCUCCUUGAGGAGGGGAGGAUGAUGCACAGGCUGAACCAUGACCGGGUGAUGAAGCUCCUGGGUGUCAUCAUUGAGGAAGGAAACUACUGUCUUGUGAUGGAGUACAUGAAGAAGGGAAACCUGAUGCAGGUGCUCACGGACAAGGUCAGGAUCCCCCUGUCUGUAAAAGGAAGGAUAAUUUUGGAAACCAUCGAAGGGAUGUGCUAUUUACAUGGAGCCGGUGUGAUACACAAGGACCUGAAACCGGAGAAUAUUCUUGUUGAUGACGACUUUCAUAUUAAGAUAGCUGACCUUGGUGUUGCUUCCUUUAAAACGUGGAGCAAACUGACUAAAGAGGAACAUAACCUGCAGAGGAAAAUGACCACUCCCUCCAAGAAGAAUGGAGGCACCGUCUGCUAUAUCGCCCCUGAGCAUCUGAGUGACGUCAAUGCGAAACCCACAGAGAAGUCAGAUGUAUACAGCUUCGCCAUAGUACUCUGGGCAAUUUUUGCUAAUAAAGAGCCAUAUGAACAUGCAAUCUGUGAGCAGCAGUUAAUAAUCUGCAUUAAAUCUGGGAACAGGCCCAGUGUGGACGACAUAGUUAAGUACUGCCCGCAGGAGAUCAUUGACCUCAUGAAGCACUGCUGGGAGGCAAACCCAGAAGCUCGGCCAACAUUUGCUGGCAUUGAAGAAGAUUUUAAGUCUUUUUAUUUAAAAGAAUUAGAAGAAAACGUAGAAGAAGAUGUGAAAAGUUUAAAGAAAGAGUAUCCAGACGAAAAUGCAGUCAUAAAGAGAAUGCAGUCUCUCCAAAUUGAUUGUGAAGCGAUCCCUCCAAGCAGGUCAAACUCAGCCACAGAACAGCCCAGCUCGCUACACAGUUCACAGGGAUUCAGGAUGGGACCCGUGGAGGAGUCGUGGUUUGGCCCCUCCUCAGAGCACCAGCAAGAGGAGAAUGAGUCCAGCCUGCAGAGCAAACUCCUGGAGGAAGCCAACUACCAUCUUUUCGGCAGCCGCAUGGACAGGACGGUAAAGGGGCAGCCCAGACAGAAUGUGGCUUUUAACAGAGAGGAGGAAAGGAAACGAAGGGUCUCCCAUGACCCCUUUGCACAGCCGAGAACUUACGAGAAUGAGCUGAAGCCCGGGGUGAAGGGCCCUGCUUAUUCCAGUACAACUUGUCACGGUGACGCAUUUCAACAACAACCAGGGCCAACCAACCAACCCCAAGUACCAUACUGGAACAACAGGCUGUAUAACCAUCCAUUUACUUUGGGAACAAGACUACAUGAUCCAGAAACAGGAGGUCCAGGACAUUGGUGUAACCCAACCCAGGUGCCUAGCCUGCAUAAAUCUCCAGUGCCUGAGAGCAAUCUACUGGGAAACACACCUACCAUUCCAUUCAGCUCCUACCCAUCAACAGAGAAUUCUGUUAGGUAUAACAUUUACAACAGUAGUGGCAUUCAGAUUGGAGAUUACAGUUUCAUGGAGGUUGGCAGAUUAAGUGUACCACCACUGGACAGCACAUACACGAACUUCAAAGAAGAGCCAGCAUCAAAAUACCAAGAGAUCUUUGGUAAUGUCACCAGUCUGACUGAUAAACACCUGGACCCAGUCAGGGAAAAUCUGGGAAAGCACUGGAAAAAAUGUGCCCGGAAGCUGGGCUUCACUGAACCUCAGAUUGAUGAAAUAGACCACGACUAUGAACGAGAUGGACUGAAAGAGAAGGUUUACCAGAUGCUCCAAAAGUGGUUAAUGAGGGAAGGCAGUAAGGGGGCCACAGUGGGCAAGCUGGCAUAUGCACUAUACCAGUGUUCACGCAUAGACCUUGUCAACAGCCUGAUUGUGGUCAGCCAGCACUGA